CCUGGGUUCUGCCGCUACCCCUCUUGCCCAUGGAACCUGCUCUGGGGCCUGGGGUCCAGAAGGACCUGGGCUACCUGCAGCAGUGGCUGAAGGCCUUUGUAGGUGCCUUCGAGAAGACCAUCUCACUGUCCUCCCUAGAGCCACGAAGGCCAGAGGAGUCAGGUGCAGAGGUACCGGUGCUGCCACUGGAUGCGCUGCAUGUCCUGGCCGAGCAGCUGGACGGGGCGGACCUGGAGCAAGCCCUGCUGCUGCUCAAGCUCUUCAUCAUUCUCUGCAGGAACCUGGAGAAUGUAGAGGCAGGCUGGGGCCAAGUGCUAGUGCCCCGGGUGCUGGCACUGCUGACUGGGUUGGUGGCUGAGCUGAAAAGACAGCCACCACCACAGGAGGGCCGUGGGACCCAGCUGGAGAAUGUGGCACUACAUUCCCUACUCCUCUGUGAGGGCCUCUUUGACCCCUACCAGACCUGGCGGCGCCAGCACAGUGGGGAAGUCAUCAGCUCCAAGGAGAAGAGCAAAUACAAGUUCGCUCCUGCUGCUUUUCCCUGUGAAUUCAGCACCUUCUUCAGAGAGACCCUGCAGGAUGCAGAUCACUUGCCUCCCAUGCUGCUGUCGCGUCUCAUCCACCUCUUCGGCGCGGUCCUUGCAGGGGGAAAGGAGAACGGGCAGAUGGCUGUGAGCGAUGGCUCUGUGCAGGGCCUGUUGGGUGUGGUGCGGGCCUGGGGCCAUGUGCCAGCCCAGGACCCCCGCCUAGUGCCACUGGCGCUGGAGGCACUAGUGGGUGCAGUACAUGUCCUGCAUGCCAGCCGUGCACCCCCCCGAGGGCCAGAGCUUCGUGCCCUGCUUGAGGGCUACUUCCACGUCCUUAAUGCCGACUGGCCAGCUGGUCCGAGCUCGGGCUCUGAAGAGGCCUUUGUCACCCUGCGGGUCAGCAUGCUAGAUGCCAUCCCCAUGAUGCUGGCAUGUGAGGACCGGCCAGUGCUGCAAGCUACCUUCCUCAGCAACAAUUGCUUUGAACACCUCACUCGCCUCAUUCAGAACAGCAAGCUGUACCUGCAGGCCCGGGCGCCCCCUGAGGGGGACAGUGACCUGGCUACCCGGUUACUGACAGAGCCCGAUGUCCAGAAGGUUCUGGACCAAGACACAGAUGCCAUUGCAGUCCAUGUAGUGAGGGUGCUGACCUGCAUCAUGAGCAGCUCCCCAUCAGCCAAGGAGGUAUUUAAGGAACGCAUCGGCUACCCUCACCUGCAGGAGGUUCUGCAGAGCCACGGUCCUCCCACCCAUCGGCUGUUGCAAGAGCUGCUCAACAUGGCUGUGGAGGGUGACCACAGCACGUGCCCACCCCCACCAAUCCGCAACGAGCAGCCGGUGCUGGUGCUGACGCAGUGGCUACCAGCACUGCCCACAGCCGAGCUGCAGCUCUUCCUAGCACAACAGCUCCGGUGGCUCUGUGACAGCUGCCCUGCCAGCCGUGCCACCUGUGUGCAGGCAGGCCUGGUGGGCUGCCUGUUGGAGACACUCAGCAUGGGGGUAUCCCUGGGGGCGCGCUGCCAGGAGCAGUUGUUGGCACUGCUGCAAGCGCUGGGCCGCGUGUCAUUAAGGCCCUUGGAGCUGCGUCGCUUGCUGCGCCCCCCACCAGGGCUGGACUCUGGGCCAGGCGGAGCCGAGGCUGGGAAGGCACGACACGCAGGUGCUAUCAUCCGAGCUUUAUCAGGCAUGGCCAGGCACCAGGGUCCUGCACGUGCCCUGCGCUACUUUGACCUCACACCCAGCAUGGCGGGUAUCAUGGUGCCCCCUGUGCAGCGAUGGCCAGGACCUGGCUUCACCUUCCAUGCCUGGCUCUGUCUGCACCCCACGGAUGCAGUGCUUGCCCCAGCCCCCACCCGGCCACUCCAGCGAAAGCAGCUAUACAGCUUCUUCACCAGCAGUGGCUCAGGGUUUGAGGCCUUCUUCACGGCGGCUGGGACCCUGGUGGUGGCUGUGUGCACACGGAAGGAGUACUUGACCAUGAGCUUGCCCGAAGCGUCCUUUGCCGACUCUGCCUGGCACUGUGUGGCUAUCGUCCAUGUGCCUGGGCGCCGGCCCUUCAGCCAGAACCUGGUCCAUGUCUACAAAGACGGCCAUCUGGUCAAGACAGCACCCCUUCGCUGCCCCUCCCUCAGUGAGCCUUUCUCCUCCUGCUGUAUCGGCUCUGCUGGGCACCGCACAACCACCACCACCACGGGGCUGCCCACGCCACCAGUCCCCGCUGCCCUGGCUCACACUCACCCCUCCCUCACCCGCUCCCAGUCGGUCCCAGCCUCCACAGGCCUUGGCUGGGGGUCCGGGCUGGCGGCCCCCCUGCAGGAGGGCGGCAUCAGCUCCACCCUUGCAGGCACACAGGACACUCGGUGGGGCAGCCCCACGUCCCUGGAGGGCGAGCUUGGGGCUGUGGCCAUCUUCCAUGAAGCCCUGCAGGCAGCGGCUGUGCGGAUCCUGUGCACCCUGGGGCCCAAUGAGACGGCACCCUUCAAGCCUGAGGGCGAGCUGCAUGAGCUCAGCGGCAAACUGCUUCUCCAUUACUCCCCUCAGGCCUGUAAGAACAACAUCUGCCUGGACCUGUCUCCCAGCCAUGGCCUGGAUGGCCGCCUGACAGGACACAGGGUGGAGACCUGGGACGUGAAGGAUGUAGUGAACUGCGUCGGGGGCAUGGGUGCUCUGCUGCCUCUGCUGGACCGAGUGGCAGCGCAGCCCCAAGAGGCUGAGGCAGGCCCGGCUGAAACACAUGACCUCGUGGGGCCUGAAUUGACCUCUGGCCACAACACCCAGCGCCUACUUCUCCCCCUGGGCAAGUCUUCAGAGGAACGCAUGGAGAGGAAUGCAGUGGCUGCCUUUCUACUGAUGCUGCGGAACUUCCUGCAGGGUCACGUGGUGAACCAGGAGAGCCUGGUGCAGUGCCAGGGGCCCGCCAUUAUCGGGGCCCUCCUACGAAAGGUUCCCAGCUGGGCCAUGGACAUGAACGUGCUCAUGUCUGCCCAGCUGCUGAUGGAGCAGGUGGCAGCUGAGAGCCGCAGGCCCCUCCUGUACCUGCUCUACCAGCAUCUGCUCUUCAACUUUCACCUGUGGACCUUCAGUGACUUUGCUGUGCGCCUCGGCCACAUCCAGUACAUGUCCAGCGUAGUCCGUGAGCACAGACAGAGGCUGUGGAAGAAGUACGGGGUCCAGUUCAUCCUCGAUGCCCUGCGUACCCACUAUAGCCCACAGCGGGAGCACCCCCUGGCUGCUGACGACCUGCACACAAUGCAGACUUCCCUCCUGGGCCUGGCUCGGGAGUUCCUGGUGCGGAGCCUCUCGGCUGAUGACGUGCAGGUCGCACAAGUCAUGCUGAGCUUUCUGGCGGCCACAGGUGAUGACGGCCAGGUGGUGGGUGCGCUGGACCUGCUGCUGGCACUGCUGCAGGGCUCCACGGCACAGGAGUCCUUGGCUGUCUUUCUGCUGGAGUCAGGGAACCUCGAAGUGCUGCUGGCACUGCUGGUGCGGCCAAGGUCGCUGCCUCUGCUGCAUGACCGAGUCUGCAAGAUCCUGCGCAGACUGCAGCAGAAUGAGCGAUUACCUGACUGGGGCCGUCAGCGGCUCCGGCUGCCAGACUACGGUCUUCAGGGUCUCGUUGCCUGCCUGCCUGAGGGGACUGUUUCUCCCCAGCUCUGCCAGGGCCUCUACAAGCUGUUCCUGGGGGCAGACCGCCUGAACCUCUCAGAUCUGCUGGCUGUGGUACAGCUGUCCCUCCAGGCUGACCUCAGUGUUCGCCUGGACAUCUGUCGCCAGCUCUUCCACCUCAUCUACAGACUCCCAGAUGUAGUGCGGCUACUGGCCCAACAAGCUGGCUGGCAAGAUGUCCUGACCCGGCUGUAUGUCCUGGAGGCGGCCAUGACUGGCAGUCCCCCGCCCUUUGCCCCAGAACCACCCACCUCCCCGGAGCCAGCCUUGCCCAAGCCACCCACUGAGUCACCUGCUGAGUCUUCAGAAGUCUUCCUGCCCUCAGGGGUUUCCUGCCCCUCUGAAGCCUUUUACCAUGCUCUCUCCCCGUUCUGCAUGCCCUUUGACUUGGGCCUGGAACGGGCCAGCGUGGGCUCAGGCAACACUGCUGGUGGCGGCAGCAGCAGUGGGACUCUUACUCCAGCCAGCCAGCCUGGCACACCUUCCCCACUGGAUGGCCCGCGGCCCUUCCCUGCUGCCCAUGGCCGCCACAGCUCCAGUCUCUCCAAUGUGCUGGAGGAUGGCAGCCUCCCGGAGCCCACCAUUAGCGGGGACGACACCUCUAACACCAGCAACCCUCAGCAAACCUCUGAGGAGGAGUUGUGCAACCUGCUCACCAACGUGCUAUUCUCAGUGACAUGGUGGGGCGUGGAAGGCACCGAUGAGGCUGCCUGGCGGGAGCGUGGCCAGGUCUUCUCCGUGCUUACCCAGCUGGGGGCCUCAGCCACGCUUGUGCGCCCCCCAGAUUAUAUCAAGCGCAGCCUCCUGGAGAUGAUGCUGGAGUCAGCCCUGACCGACAUCAAGGGGGCCCCCGUCGGAGUCCUGGCCAGCCUCACCCAGCAGGCACUUUGGCUGCUGCGCCUGCUGCAGGACUUCCUGUGUGCUGAGGGCCAUGGUAACCAGGAGCUGUGGAGUGAAAAGCUCUUUGAAGGUGUGUGCAGCCUGCUUGAUCGCCUGGGAGCCUGGCCACACCUGGCCAACAGCACAGCCGAUCUCCGUGAAAUGGCACAGAUUGGCCUGCGUCUAGUACUUGGCUACAUCCUGCUGGAAGACCCACAGCUGCAUGCCCAGGCCUAUGUGAAGCUACACAUGCUGCUGCAGACUGCAGUGCCACCCCGCCGGGAGGAGGCCUGCUAUGUGCUCUCCAAGCUGGAGGCUGCACUGGGGCGGGCGCUGAACACCUCUUCCUCCAAGAAGGCCACCGAGGAUGCAGCACCCCCACCUGCAGCAGCAGCAGCUGCAGAGCGCUGCUCGUGGCUGGUGCCACUAGUGCGCACGCUGCUGGACCGUGCGUAUGGGCCACUGGGGCUGCAGUGGGGACUGCCUUCCCUGCCGCCCACCAAUGGCAGCCCCACCUUCUUUGAGGAUUUCCAGGCUUUUUGUGUCACACCUGAAUGGCGCCACUUCAUCGACAAGCAGGUGCAGCCCACCAUGUCUCAGUUCGAAAUGGACACAUACGCUAAGAGCCACGACCUCAUGUCGGGCUUCUGGAACGCCUGCUAUGACAUGCUCAUGAGCAGUGGGCAGCAGCGCCAGCGGGAGCGUGCUUAUAGUCGUCGGGCCUUCCAGGAAUUGGUGCUGGAACCUGCACAGCGGUGGGCGCGCCAGGAGGGACUGCGCUACUCCGUGGUGCUGAAGCAGCAGGCAGCGCAGCAGUCAACCUCCCUGCUGCACUGGGGGGCGCUGUGGCGCCAGCUCUCCAGCCCCUGCGGGGCCUGGGCGCUGAGAGACCCCCCCACCCCUCACUGGAAACUGUCCAGUGCUGAGACAUACUCACGCAUGCGUCUGAAGCUGGUGCCCAACCAUCAUUUCGACCCUCACCUGGAAGCUAGCGCCCUCCGUGACAAUCUGGGUGAGGUUCCCCUGACACCCACCGAGGAGGCCUCACUGCCUCUGGCAGUGACCAAAGAGGCCAAAGUGAGUACCCCGCCGGAGGAGCUGCAGGAAGACCAGCUGGGCGAGGAUGAGCUGGCUGCAUUGGAGACCGUGAUGGAGGCGGCAGAGCUGGAUGAACAGCACGAGAAGCUGGUGCUGUCGGCUGAGUGCCAGCUGGUGACAGUAGUGGCUGUGGUCCCAGGGCUGCUGGAGAUCACCACACAGCACAUAUACUUCUACGAUGGCAGCCCCGAGCGUGUGGAAACCGAGGAGGGCGUCGGCCAUGACUUCCGGCGCCCACUGGCCCAGCUGCGUGAGGUCCACCUGCGGCGUUUCAACCUGCGCCGUUCAGCACUUGAGCUCUUCUUCAUUGAUCAGGCCAACUACUUCCUCAACUUCCCGUGCAAGGUGGGCGGGACCCCGGCCUCAUCUCCUUGCCAGGCUCCCAAGCUCCAACCCUGCCCCAUCCUACACCACACCCAGGUGCGGAAUCAGGUGUAUUCGUGGCUCCUGCGCCUGCGGCCCCCCACUCAAGGCUACCUAAGCAGCCGAUCCCCCCAGGAGAUGCUGCGUGCCUCAGGCCUUACCCAGAAAUGGGUACAGCGUGAGAUAUCCAACUUCGAGUACUUGAUGCAACUCAACACGAUUGCAGGGAGGACCUACAAUGACCUGUCUCAGUACCCCGUGUUUCCCUGGGUCCUGCAGGACUACGUUUCCCCAACCCUGGACCUCAGCAACCCAGCUGUCUUCCGGGACCUGUCCAAGCCCAUCGGUGUGGUGAACCCCAAGCAUGCUCAUCUCGUGAGGGAGAAGUAUGAGAGCUUUGAGGACCCGGCAGGCACCAUUGACAAGUUCCACUAUGGCACCCACUACUCCAAUGCAGCAGGCGUGAUGCACUACCUCAUCCGCGUGGAGCCCUUCACCUCCCUGCACAUCCAGCUGCAGAGCGGCCGCUUUGACUGCUCUGACCGGCAGUUCCACUCAGUGGCAGCAGCCUGGCAGGCACGCCUGGAGAGCCCUGCCGAUGUGAAGGAGCUCAUCCCAGAGUUCUUCUACUUCCCUGACUUCCUGGAGAACCAGAAUGGCUUCGACCUGGGCUGCCUCCAGCUGACGAAUGAGAAGGUGGGGGACGUGGUGCUGCCCCCAUGGGCCAGCUCUCCUGAGGACUUCAUCCAGCAGCACCGCCAGGCUCUGGAGUCAGAGUAUGUAUCUGCCCACCUGCAUGAGUGGAUCGACCUCAUCUUCGGCUACAAGCAGCGGGGGCCGGCAGCCGAGGAGGCCCUCAAUGUCUUCUAUUACUGCACCUAUGAAGGGGCCGUAGACCUGGACCACGUGACGGAUGAGCGGGAGCGGAAAGCUCUGGAAGGCAUUAUCAGCAAUUUUGGGCAGACUCCCUGUCAGCUGCUAAAGGAGCCACAUCCGACCCGGCUCUCAGCUGAGGAAGCAGCCCAUCGCCUUGCACGUCUGGACACUAACUCACCUAGCAUCUUCCAGCAUCUGGACCAGCUCAAGGCUUUCUUUGCAGAAGUUGUCAGUGACGGUGUGCCCCUGGUGUUAGCCUUGGUCCCCCACCGGCAGCCCCACUCCUUCAUCACCCAGGGCUCCCCAGACCUGUUGGUGACCGUGAGUGCCAGUGGGCUGCUGGGCACCCACAGCUGGUUGCCCUAUGACCGCAACAUAAGCAACUACUUCACCUUCAGCAAAGACCCCACCAUGGGCAGCCCCAAGACGCAGCGACUGCUGAGUGGCCCGUGGGUACCAGGCAGUGGUGUGAGUGGGCAAGCAUUGGCAGUGGCCCCUGACGGAAAGCUGCUGUUCAGUGGUGGCCACUGGGAUGGCAGCCUACGAGUGACUGCACUACCACGUGGCAAGCUCUUGAACCAGCUCAGCCACCACCUUGAUGUAGUGACCUGCCUUGCACUGGAUACCUGUGGCAUCUACCUCAUCUCAGGCUCCCGGGAUACCACAUGCAUGGUGUGGCGGCUCCUGCAGCAGGGUGGUCUGUCAGUAGGACUGGCACCAAAGCCUGUGCAGGUCCUACACGGGCAUGAGGCUGCAGUGAGCUGUGUGGCCAUCAGUACUGAACUCGACAUGGCUGUGUCUGGAUCCGAGAAUGGAACUGUGAUCAUACACACCGUACGCCGUGGCCAGUUUGUGGCAGCGCUGCAGCCUCCACUUGCCACACUGCCUGGACCUGUGUCCCACCUGGCACUGGGAUCUGAAGGCCAGAUUGUGGUACAGAGCUCAACAGGGGAACGUCCUGGGGCCCAGGUCACCUAUUCCUUGCACCUGUACUCAGUCAACGGGAGGUUGCGGGCUUCACUGCCCCUGGCAGAGCAGCCUACAGCCCUGGCAGUGACAGAGGACUUUGUGUUGCUGGGCACCGCACAGUGUGCCCUGCACAUCCUCCACCUGAACAAACUGCUCCCGGCGGCGCCUCCCCUGCACAUGAAGGUGCCCAUUCACAGUGUAGCUGUGACCAAGGAGCGCAGCCACGUGCUCGUGGGCCUGGAGGAUGGCAAGCUUAUUGUGGUGGGCGCAGGGCAGCCCUCCGAGGUGCGCAGCAGCCAGUUCGCGCGGAAGCUGUGGCGAUCCUCGCGGCGCAUCUCCCAGGUGUCCUCGGGCGAGACAGAGUACAACCCUGGAGAGGCGCGAUGACACCCUGGCCCGCCCCGCUGCUCAGGCUCCGCCCCCAGUGGGCCCGGGAGGCCCCGCGCAGGAGUCGCUGAGUCGCGGCACCAGGGGGUGGGCGGGGCCCCACCCCGGGCCAGCUCAGGGAUUGGUGGGCGGUGUCAUUCCCGGAAACCCCGCCCCUCGCCGGCUGAGGGGCUGUCUGAGACCCAGCUCUGGCUUCUGCGGCCGCAGCGCACUUUUUGCACAGUCUGGGGCGGGGUUCCCCGGCUUCCAAGUCCCGGUCCGAGCAGAGCACAAGGGCCGCCUGUGGCCUUAAUUCCUAAAGGCGGCCGGUUCUCCCAUUCUAAGCAAUAAACCUGGUGUAGUUUUGUAGCCG